AUAUACUAGUAUUAAUAUCUAAUAACUCCAAGUAUUAUAUUUUACAAGAUUAAUUAGUAAUCACUUGAAGUAGAAGAAAUAAAAGAAUAAAGUACAAAACUUACGUAUGACUACAUGAGUAAACUUUUCCUGCCUGGUACUCACCCAAUCUCCAAAACUGAGUUCCCAGGAAAAGAGAGGAGGUAGAGCUACACAAAACUUUUAUCUUCCCUUCAUUAGUUACGUAAGGUAGAUACGUAAAUGGGAUGCUGGGAGAGAGAGUCCUGGGGAGCAAAUUCUAAAUACACAAUAUGCAGGAGGAUUUGACCUCUCUUUCUGAGAUGGGCCUGUUCACCUGUCUGAAGACAGCACCCAGAGGCUUACCAUAUUGGUGUGGACACCUAAUUAACUCUAGUUUUACUGCAGCUCAAAACUUCCAAGCUCAGUCAUCUAUCAGUCCCAGCCUUUAUGGUAGCAGAGAUGAAAAACUUGUACUGUGUCUCUGCAUUUUCUACUUUUUUAUAGGUGAGAGAACUGAAGGCUUAUAGAUUAGUUAAGGAAAAUGACGUGUAGACUAGGAAAAACUAGAAUAAAUAUGGAUAAGAGGGAAUUAAAGUACAUGAAAAGUGAUUUAAUGAUGACAGUUCAAGUCACUUAUCCUAGACAAAUGACAUUUCAAGAUACAAAAAAAAAUCUUUGGAUCUGAUUUUUGAAUUUGCAUAAUGGUUUUAAAAAACCAUGGAAAGUGCUACAGUUACUAGAGGUGGUAAUAAUAGUAGUCACGAUAACUAGCAUUUAUGUAGUACUUUAAAGUUUGUAAAGUACGUUACAAAUAUUGUAUCAUAUUCUCACAACAACCUUGUAGAUAGGUGUCAUUAUUAUUUUCAUUUUACAGAUGAGGAAACUGAGACAAACAUUAAAUUAUUUGCCCAGAGUCAUACAGCUAUCAAGUUUCUAAGAGUCCAGCACCCUGUGCUACCUUAAGGGAAAGUUGUGGAUUUUCAAAGGUAGAAAGAAGGAAGAUACGGCAAAUAAGCUUGUCAGCUUAAUGUCAGUUUCUGACAAAAUUCUGAAAUAGAUUACUAAAUACCCUGUAAAUACUUAGAGAGAGGACAAUGGUGAUCACUUCAAGUUAUCAUGAGUUCAUUAAGUCUUUAUGAAGCUUCAUUUUUUUCACAAGGCUGUUUGAGAGAUCAGGGGAAUACAGAAGAUAUAGUAUACAUGGCUUUGUGAAAGACAUUUAACAAAGCCUCUCAUAUUUUUAUAAAUAAUAUGAAAGGAUGUAGGCUAAGUAAUAGAAAUUAUAUGGAUUUGGACCUAAAAGUAUUGAUUAAUAAAUUGAUGUCAAGUAAGAGUGAGGAUCUCUAAUGACAUUCCACAAAUGCUUGGCCCCGUUUUCCCAUCAUUUUUAUUAAUAUUUUUAUUAAUAACUUAGAAAAAAGCACAGUAUUAAAAAAGAUAUACUUAUGAGACUUGUAGUUGAUACAAAACUGGGAACUGUGUUUAAUACUGAAUAAUAGAAUUGAGAAUUCAAAAACAUCUCAACUAGCUAGGAUGAAAUAAAAUCUAAUGAUGAAAUUUAGUAGAGAGGCAUUGUAAUAUAGUGGUUAGACUUCCUUGUACCAGGAGUCAUAAGUCUUGGAUUAGCUACAUAAUAGCCAGCUCUGGACAAAUCAUUUAACUGGGCUCCUAGUCUCAGUCUUUUCAUUUGUGGAAAAAAAGGAUAAUUUAUACUUUUAUGACUUUAUGCACAAGAUUGUGGUGAAGAACAGUUCAAUAGUUUCUAUAUGUCUAUUAUUUGAAAAGCACAGUACUAGAUAUAAGAAAGUUCCUAUUCUAAAAGAGUUCAUAUUAUUCUGGAAGAGAGGAGGAAGGAUAUGUCAUGUUUCCAAAUGAAUUGUUAUUCUUCCUUUGUACUAAAAAAUGGCCAGUGACAUCACAAUGUUAGGAUUGGGGUACAAUGUGUUUGAUUGUGGCUGAUCAGCCCAGUAUGAGCUCAGAAGGCUCUACAACAGGUUGUGCACAAAUAGUCCAUAUGAACAUUUGGGAUGGAGAUGUCUCUAAAUUUGCACAUCUUGUGCUCCUUUUGAGUGCCUGAGAUUCUGCUUUGUUUGUAGAGCACAGCACCUCCUUUGAUGUGGGCAGACCAUGCUGGGCGGUCCUGUUCCUGCAUCUUCCAUGCCUUACAAUUGAUACUAAAGUUCUUCAGAGAGACCUUCAAAAUCUUGUGCUUCUUUUUACCUCCUUGUCAGUGCUUGUCUUAUGCAAGUUCUCUGAAAAAUAGUCUUUCAGGUAAACAUGUGUUUGGCAUUUGGGAUACGUGUCCAGCCCAUCAGAGUUGCGCUCUCUUCAGUAGUGUCGAAUGCUUGGCAGUUCAGCUUGAGAGAGGACCUCAGUGUCUGGUACCUUAUCUUGCCAGGUGAUCUUCAGAAUCAUCCCAAGACAAGUCAGAUGGAAGCUGUUCCAUUUUCUGACAUGGUGCUGGUUUUGCAAGCAUACAGUGAUGCCAGCACAAUGGGUCUGUAGACCUUCAGUUUGGUAUACAGCCUAAUAAUACCUCUUCUCUUCCUCACUUUCUUUUGGAACCUUCUACAUGCUGAACUGGCUUGGCAGUUUGUGCCUCAAACUCAACUUCUAUGUGGACAUUCUUGGAAAGUAUAUUGUCAAGAGAGAUGCCAAAGGACAGUACCUGUUUGACCUUCUUUGCCACCACUUGAACUUACUUGAAAAAGACUAUUUUGGAAUCCGUUUUGUGGACCCCGAUAAGCAGAGACAUUGGUUGGAGUUUACAAAGUCUGUGGUGAAGCAAUUGCGAUCCCAGCCUCCAUUCACCAUGUGUUUCCGAGUGAAGUUUUACCCCGCAGACCCAGCUGCUCUGAGAGAGGAAAUAACUAGGUAUUUAGUCUUCCUACAGAUCAAAAGAGAUCUCUACCAUGGCCGCCUCCUCUGUAAGACAUCGGAUGCUGCUUUGCUAGCAGCCUAUAUACUUCAAGCUGAGAUUGGGGAUUAUGACCCUGGGAAGCAUCCAGAGGGCUACAGCUCCAAGUUCCAGUUUUUUCCUAAACACUCAGAGAAGCUGGAAAGGAAAAUUGCCGAAAUCCACAAGACUGAACUCAGUGGUCAGACACCGGCAACAUCAGAGUUAAAUUUUUUGAGAAAAGCCCAGACUUUGGAAACCUAUGGAGUUGAUCCUCACCCAUGCAAGGACGUGUCGGGGAAUGCAGCGUUUCUGGCCUUCACGCCCUUCGGGUUUGUGGUUCUGCAGGGUAACAAGAGAGUUCACUUCAUAAAAUGGAACGAGGUGACCAAGCUGAAAUUCGAGGGAAAGACUUUCUAUUUAUAUGUAAGUCAGAAAGAGGAAAAGAAAAUUGUUCUUACAUAUUUUGCUCCAACACCAGAAGCCUGCAAGCACCUCUGGAAAUGCGGAAUAGAAAACCAAGCCUUCUACAAGUUGGAGAAGUCGAGCCAGGUGCGCACCGUCUCCAGCAGCAACUUGUUCUUCAAAGGGAGCCGGUUCCGAUACAGUGGCCGAGUGGCAAAGGAAGUGAUGGAAUCUAGCGCCAAGAUCAAAAGGGAGCCACCGGAAAUACACAGGGCCGGAAUGGUUCCCAGCCGGAGCUGCCCGUCCAUCACCCACGGGCCGAGGCUGAGCAGCGUCCCCAGGACCCGCCGAAGGGCCGUGCACAUCUCCAUCAUGGAAGGUCUGGAAUCCCUCCGGGACAGCGCCCACUCCACCCCAGUUCGAUCAACCUCCCACAGCGACACCUUCCUGCCUCAUGUGCGGAGUGGCCGGGCAGACAGCAGCGAGCGGGUGGCCGUGAUAGCGGAUGAGGCCUAUAGCCCAGCAGAUAGCGUGUUGCCCACCCCGGUGGCAGAGCACAGCUUGGAACUGAUGCUGCUCUCAAGGCAGAUCAAUGGGGCCCCCUGCAGCAUUGAAGAGGAGAAGGAAUCGGAGGCCAGCACACCGACCACAGCAGAAGUGGAGGCACUGGGGGGCGAUCUGAAGGCCCUGUGCCAGAGCCACAACGGGCCAGAGGCAGAACAGGUGAAUAAGUUUGUUUUAAGUGUCCUCCGUUUGCUCCUUGUGACUGUGGGACUCCUCUUUGUUUUGCUCCUCCUCCUGAUCAUCCUUACCGAGUCUGACCUUGACAUUGCCUUUUUCCGUGAUAUCCGCCAGACCCCUGAAUUUGAACAGUUCCAUUAUCAAUACUUUUAUCCCCUCAGGCGAUGGUUUGCCUGCAAAAUCCGCUCAGUUGUGAGCCUGCUCAUUGACACCUGAGAAGGUAUGACUCCUCCCAUUAACUAGCCAGGUGGACCGAGGAGAUACCUGCUACUCGUUCCCAGCAAUGGGACCCAUCGCGGAACCAUCGGCACAUAUAAUAAGUCCUCCUCUCAUGACUCCAAGUACACUGCAGCCUAGGAGGGUUGUUUCCCGGGAGAAGAAAGGGAUAGGCUUGAGUCCUGGCCUAAAUACACUGGGGAAACUCAUUUUCUUCUGACAUUCUUUCAAGAAAGACUCUGCGGUUCUGUUUUUCAUCUUUCCAAUUUGCAGGAUAAUUUCUGGUUUUGAAUUUUAAUUUUCAUAAACCUGUAUUAUUUUAAAAGUAUCAAAUAAAAGAAUUUAUUUUAUUAUAACUAAUGAUUAUUGCAUUAGUGUCACCUGGCAGAUGGGACACUAGUUAAGGACUAGCACUGUUGUAUUCUGCAGGAGCCUUCGUAAUGGUGCUACUGAGUGCUAGUGGACUGGCUAUGGCAGCCUCUCAGGAGGAACGUUUGGGUGAAGCAGUCUCUGAAAAGGGGAACUGCUCAGGCUCCCUUCCCAGACAACUUUUUAAUUAACAGACAUCUGCUUUGAAUAGGUUGAAAAGCUGGUUCACAUAGCCCACCCCUUUAGCAAUUGGUCUGAGUUGGAUUUAUUUUUUUUCCUUUUUCUUUUUUUCAAAUCUGAGCAGAGUGUGGGCAUCUGAAGGGGCCACCGAAGCGGCAGCAGCAGCAGCAGGGGUAGGGUAAGUCCGUUCCCUUAGACUAGAGCCUGGUGUACACACACCAGAGUAUAUCUUGUCACAUGAACUCAAGUCAUCUGUGGAUUUUUUUUUUCCAAGCUUCAAGCCUUUUUUAUUGGUCCAAAGGUAUUAAAGUGCUAAAGCAAAUGAAGUUACUGGCCAAGGAUUGCCCAUUUCAGACAAAAGUAGAGGUAGCAGCAACCACAGCUUAGUUUUCAGUGGUACAUGUUCUGUACCCACCCGAAAAGGACACUUUCACAAUGUAUAAUUUAAGAACCAAAUACCAUUUUGUUAAUCAUCUUUUUUUUUUUUACUUUGUGGAGUGAGCAAAUAGAAUCUGAUUACAAAAUGGUUCAAAGAAGAAAUCGAUCCUGAGGAUGAAAAGCUUCCGACAAAAGAAUUCCAACAUCAGUAUCCAUGGAGGAGGUCAGAAGAAUCAGCCGCGGGGAAUUUCUAAGUCUAGAAGGUAAAAGACCCGGACUUACUAGUGUGGAGUCAGUGCUGGAAGUCGGCCUUUUAGGGUCAGCCUCUUCGUCAGGAAAAUGAAAGCCCAGUAUCCUCACUGAGGGGAACCUCAGCAGCACCUGCCUAAGAACAUGCAGGGAAGGCACAAGAUCCUGCUGUCAUCUCAGGGAGAGAUACCUAAGUUUUCUGGGGCCUAACUAACCACCUUUUUAAGGAAGAGGCCGAGUGGCUGCGUUCCUGAGAUAGCUGCUGUUACCCCUAGGCGGGGAGCAGGAGCAGUUUCCUAGUAAGAUCUUUCCUCAUUAGCCACGUACCCAGCCGAACCACGAACAGUGAAUGAAGCGAUGAAAUUGGAUCCGUGAUUACAAUAAAAAAUCAAGGCUUUUGCACAAGCUUUUUUUGUUUGUUUAAACCAUCUUGAUGUUUUUAUGAAAGCUUUUUUUUCAUCGAUAACAUUAAAAAUCUCCUGACAUUAGGGUGGCAGACCCAUUUCCGUGCUAGGAGUAGGAGGUAUUAAGUUACCUGUGACCAUUUCCCCUUGGAAUCCUCAUAGUACGUGAGGCCACACCCCAUGCUAGACAAAAGAUGCCUGAACCCAAACAAACAGGAUGAUCGGGUAGGAUGGAUGCUCAAAUGAAGUCAGGAAGACUUGUCCUAGAGCCUCCCUGCCAGCAACACCCUUUUAGGCAGUGGCCUCUGGACAGGGCAGCAAACCGACCGGGAAUAAUGGGAGAAAAAAAUGGGUCACUGAGUAAAAGUUUGGUAUCCAAUGAAUCGCUGCCAUUUGUAAGAAAACUUUGAGCAGAGGGCUGACUACAAAUGAAAGGUAGACGAUGUGAGAAGAGGCUGCCAGGGGGCUGGUUUUAACAUGGAUAUCUACCGUCUUAUGCAACAUAGCAGAUUAACUUUUAGUGUAGUGUUCCUACCUCAGCCUGUAGUAACAUGGUGUUUCUAUGCAGCAAGUGAUAGUCUCAAACCAGACCGUUUUCAUUACACAUUAAAGAGGCAGUAUUUCAUUUCUUAAUGUGUUCCCUGUGUCUAGAGUCCUACUGGUACAAUAGUGCUACACCACUUCCAAUUGUGAGAAUUUGUCCACGGAAUUGUUUUUGGUUUGGUUUGGUUUUUAAGAAGAAUUUAACCCCAAAACUAUGGAUGACCUUUAUUCCUUAGAUUUACUUUUGAAAUAGAGAUUGAAUAACAAACCUCAUUUGUCAUCCACUACUGUCAUAUGGUGUCUCUCCCACACCUUAGUAUUGGUCGUGUUUUUAACUCACUUUUACUGUGUUCCACAAGGUCUCAAUUCCCUCUUCCAAUUAGUUUUAUCUCAUUAUAGGAAAAGCAAUGGUUUCCAGAGCUUUGUCUAUCGGAGGAAACAAAACUCUUACUAAAGAUUAGUGUACUGCGUCUUUAAGCAGUAGAAGGUUAAACUACAGCAAAUGUGAAUUUCUUAGUUUCAUAAAAAUAGAUGUUAACCUUUCAUGUGCCAAAUAUUCAAAGUUACAUUUUCCUUCAAUUGAUGUACCUUUUUCUACAUAUGUAGUAUGUAGUUGUCAUAAAAUCAUUGGUGCCAUGAAGACUAUUUUUAAAAUUAAAUAAAUAUUUAAAUAUCAUGGAAAA